GAGCCCCCUAGCAGGGGGGCAGCACCGCAGGCAGCUCCUGGUGGGUUCCAGAGCCAUGCUGGGGGUAGAGGCUGUCACAAGCUCCUUUGCACAAGUGUGUGUGUGCAUGCAAGGAGUGGGGAGAGGAUGGGGCAGCCCCAACCCUCCCUGAAUACCGAUGGUCCUGCAGGAGCCUGUCUGUGGCCCUGCACAGGGCUGGGGGUGCAGUGGGGAUGCUGCAAGCCCCCGCUUUAGGGAUGGAGAGCAUCCCUAAGGGGAUGGGAUGCCUGCGGCACCCCUGCCACCCUCUUGGCCCCCAGGAGGGCAGCAGGCCGGGCAGCUCAGGUGCAGCCCCAGGGCUUUGGGAGGCUGCCGCUGCCCUGCUGCUCCUGGCUGCCCACGCGUGCCAGCCCGGGCAGGGGCCUGGCACUGCGCACAGGGGCUGGCUGGGGGCCGGGCGCUCCCUGCUCCCUCCUAGCAGGCAAGGAGUUAAAAACUCAGCCCUUGUGAUGAAUAUUUAACAGCAGUGCUCAGGCUGGAGCUGAGGAUUUCUCCGGGGCUGGCAGCGCUGCAUCCCGCCCCAGCCCUGCCGCCCGCCCGGGCGCACUGCGGAGGAGGACGGGGCAUCACGGCGGGGUGGCUGGCACGGCCCUGCUGCUGGCAUGGGGCCGCAGGGGCUGGGGAUAACUUUUGUGACUUUGCCUCUUGUCAUCCGAGCAGCCGCGGGAGGGCAGUGGUGCUACGACUCGCAGGACCCCAAAUGUGGCCCCAGCCACUGGAAGGAGCUGAAGGCCACGUGCGGCGGCAGCAAGCAGUCCCCGGUGAACAUCGACAGGCGCCGGCUGCAGAGGGACAGCGGCCUCGGGGACAUCGUCUUCGAGGGCUACGACCAGGCCCCCCCGGGCAAGUGGAGGCUGGUGAACAACGGGCACACGGUGAUGCUGAGCCUGGAGGGUGAGCCGGCCUCCGAGCACAUCGCCAUCAGCGGCGGGGGCCUCCCCGGCCGGUACCGCGCGCUGCAGCUCCACUUCCACUGGGGCAGCCCGGCCGGGAACGGCUCCGAGCACACCCUGGACGGGCACCAGCUCCCCAUGGAGCUGCACAUCGUCCACAUCAACGCCAAGUACCGCACCCUGGGGGAGGCCAAGGGGCACCCGAGCGGGCUGGCCGUCCUGGGCUGCUUCUUCCAGGUCUCUGAAGCCCCAAACCCCAACUACAACACCAUCGUCAGCGGCCUGAGGAACAUCUCCCAUGCUGGGCAGUCUGUGGACCUGGCCUCCACCUUCCGCCUGAGCACGCUGCUGCCACGUGCCAGCCGGCUCUCCCGGUACUACCGCUACCAGGGCUCCCUCACCACCCCAGACUGCAGCGAGGCCGUUGUCUGGACCGUGUUCGAGGAGCCCGUGGACAUCGGCUGGGCGCAGCUGCGGGCGUUCGUGAACACCGUCUACUUCCCAGUCUCGGGCGCCGUGCCCCUGAAGAUGACCAACAACUACCGCCCGCCGCAGCCGCUCCACAGCCGCAAGGUCUUCGCCUCCAGGGACGCCACCUCCAGCCGCGGCUGCCCCGGCCACUCCUGUCCCCAGCUGCUCCUGCUGGCCCUGCUCAGCCCCCUCUCUCCAUCCCCAUAGGGUCCGGCACCCCCGCCCGUCGCCUCCUGGCCCCCAAAAUCUUUGCAAAGAAGCAAGGCAACAUCUGAUUCAUAGGAAAUGGGGAAAAAAGAAAAAAAAAAAAAAAAAGCACUUCGGGGCAGCAGCUGGGCCAGGGUGCUGCAGCCCUGGCUGGUGUGGACGUGGGGCUCAGCCACCCUGUUGCGGGGCUAUGGGGCCUGUUGGGGCUGGAAUAAAGGCGAGCUCCCGGCCCCGUCACUGC